UGUUACAUAUUUUUAAAACCUAUUAAUAUGGUGUAGAGACAUUUGGUGUUGUUUAGUUAUUUUUAUAUUUAGUUAUUUAUAUUUAUCUGUUUUAAGAUAUUUUAUAGUUUAGUAGAAUCACUAAUUCGACAAUUAAUUUGUCAUUAAUGUAUAAGAAAUGUCGAAAAACAAAAUUGUCGUUUCGAAACAUGACAGUCCAUCAGUAGUGUCAGUUAAGAGCAAGUUCGAUGCAGAGUUUAGAAGGUUCUGUGUACCUCGAGCAGAAACAGAGCGAUUUGAAGAAUUCAAAUCACUUCUGGAGAAACUACACUGCCUGUCACAUACACCAUUCCUCAUAUCUUAUGUAGAUCCAAGGGAUAGCGAUUUGUUACCGAUUAACAAUGAUGACAACUUGGGCAGGGCCAUUGUUACUUCCAAACCCAUGUUAAGAGUUAUAAUCCAAAGAAAAGGCGACUCCCAAGAAGAACUAACCGGCUAUGGCACUAUGCGACCAAGGAACCUUAUUUCUUCCAUUCUUGGAGGGACCCCCGGAAAGGGUCGUGGCCUAGCAAUAUCAAAUCCUCAUGAUUUUCGGCAAGUUUCUGCUAUUAUUGAUGUUGACCUAGUUCCAGAAACUUGCAGGAGAGUACGGCUUUUGAAACAUGGCAGUGAUAAACCUUUAGGAUUUUAUAUUCGCGAUGGUACGUCAGUGCGAGUAACUUCCGCCGGCCUAGAAAAGCAACCAGGAAUAUUUAUAUCCAGGCUAGUCCCCGGAGGCCUAGCCGAAAGCACCGGUUUAUUGGCAGUAAACGAUGAAGUGUUAGAAGUAAAUGGAAUCGAAGUAGCUGGCAAAACUCUGGACCAAGUCACAGACAUGAUGGUGGCCAACAGUUCUAAUUUAAUAGUCACAGUUAAACCAGCGAAUCAACGAACUGUUGCGCCCCACAGGGGCUCUUUCUCCAGAACUAGUCAGUUGUCAAACGGAUCGCAACAAUCACAACCAACGACAGGCUCUGACACAGAGGACAGAUUUGACCAAGAUGAGAUAUUAGACUUAACCAGUGGUGGCCUUGAUGAUAGUUCCGUCACAUCACCUUCCACGCCUAUUAAAAACAAUGAUGGAGUUCUGCAUCUGUAGUAAAGUAGUGUUAAUAUGCAAUCAAUUAAGUAUUAUAUUAUUAUAAUAAUUCCAUCCAAUGAACCAUUCCAUAUCAUUGAAAGUAUCAUUAAAAGACAAUAAAUUAUGUUGGCAUAUCAAUUAUUAUGA